UCAAAUCUCGUAACUUCAUGGUUAUGGUUCAUAAUUGCUGCGGUGUCAGUUUUUUGAAGUGAAUUUUUUAACUUAUAUUACAAAGCGGCAUGUUUAUAGUAUACGCUGUUCUAUUACUUUUCUUAAAAGUGUCUGUUUUAUAACGGUUCUUCCCACUGACAGGAAAUCAUGUCUAAAAUGAAAACCGUUUCGAAUAACUUAACCAAAUGGGAUCUGUCAGAGGAUCCACUGGCACCAUUAACUGAGCAUCAAAAGGAUUGUUUAUUAAGUUUAGAAGAAGAAUUGUCUUCCAUGAGCACAUUGAAGAGUGACGAAAUAAGUGACACUACAAACGCAAGUGAAACAGAUAAAAAGUCAGUACAAAUAGAACGAUAUCAAGAUCUUUUAGAACACUACACCUCAUUAGAAAAAGAAUGCAUGGAUAAAAAAGACAUAAAAUACAUAUUAUAUCUUGAUGAGCUACAAAAUCGACAACACGAGUGCCAUGAGCUUUGCCUCCAAAUCGAAGAGGCAAUGGAAGACUUUACAACUUUAUAUAAACAAUAUUCAGAGGUAUCUGAUAAAACCACUUCCCUUUAUAAUGCUAGUGAACAGCUUGACUCUGAUCAGAGGAAAUUAAAUUCUACUUUAGAGAAUAUCACCGAGUAUGUGAAAUACUUUAAAGAUAUCGAUAUGAUGAUGGAAAAAUUAGAAGCACCAACAUUGUCAGUGAACAGCGAAAUGUUCUUUAAUAUAUUGGAUAAAAUUGAUAUAAAUAUUGACUUUGUGCAAAGUAAUCCAUCAUUUAAGGAGAGUAAUACAUACUUAAUUAAAUAUAAACAUUGCCAGUCUAAGGCAAUAUCUAUGAUACAAAAUUAUAUAUUUAAUCUAUUUAGUAAGACUACAGAAAGUAUUUUAAAUCUGAGAGAUAGUGAUGAUUCCAAUGAUAGUGCUGAUGCGGCAUUAGCACUUUUCUAUGGAAGAUUUCAAACUAUUUUAUCAAAAGUUAGGCCUGUUAUAGAGCAAAUAGAAGUAAAAUCAUAUAAAAGACAAGAGUAUGAUAGUUUGUUGACAGAGUGUCAUCAAUAUUAUUGGAGCCAAAGAGGAUUAGUAUUAGGCUCUAGUGUACAGAAAUCCUUAAUGUCUGUAAAAGAGAAAUACAAUGGUGAUCAUUGUAGUUUGGUACGAAAUUCGUGUGCAUUAUUGUUGCAUGCAUCAAUGGAUGAAUACAAAUUAUUUUAUGAAUUUUUUUCAAAGCCAUCCAGUGGAUUGACAGCAUACUUAGAAAGUCUAUGCACAUCUUUGUAUGAUAUGCUGAGACCAUUUAUUAUUCACAUUAAUCAUUUAGAAACAUUGGCUGAAAUUUGCUGUAUUCUGAGAAUUGAAAUGUUGGAUGAGCAUGUACAAAAUAAUUUCGAACCUUUGGAAGGAUUUGGAAAUAUUUGUCUACAAUUGUUGCACGAUGUACAGGAAAGACUUGUUUUUCGUGCUCACUUAUAUUUGCAAUCCGAUGUUUUGAAUUAUAAUCCAUCACCGGGUGAUCUAGCAUACCCAGAGAAAUUAAGAAUGAUGGAGGACAUAGCAGAAUCAAUAAGAGAAGAGACACGACAAACGAAAAUGAAAAGGAUAUCUGUGUCAUCUAGCGAUGACAGUUUCAUUGAACCAGUUUCUAGAAAUCAUAUUGUAAUGGAUUCUAUUUAUCAAAAAACACAUAUGGGAAAUUCACCAGCAGAUCUUCAUGGAAUGUGGUAUCCUACAGUCCGUAGAACGUUAGUUUGCUUAUCAAGAUUAUACAGAUGCAUAGAUAGAUCUGUUUUUCAGUCUUUGAGUCAAGAAGCAAUAUCUCUCUGUGUUCAAAGUAUAGAGAAUGCAAGGCAAGAAAUUGAGAAACGGGCGUCAACUUUAGAUGCAGAACUUUUCCAAAUAAAACAUUUAUUGAUAUUACGCGAACAAAUUGCGCCGUUUCAAGUGGACUUUACUAUAAAGGAGUACAGUCUAGACUUCUCUAAAGUUAAGACUGCUGCAUUUGGCUUACUGGAAAAAAGUUCUAGACUUUUUACAUUGUCUAAUAAUGCAUUAUUGGAAUUUUUAUUAGAAGGGGCACCACAAAUGAAGGAACAACUAAUAGACUCCAGGAAGCAUGUAGAUAAUAAAUUGAAAUAUACAUGUCAACGCCUUAUACAGCAUGCAACAUUUUUGUUGAUACAUCCAAUUUUAAAAUUAUUAGAUAAAGAAAAGUUAUCUGUUAAUACCAACAAUUCAGAUAAACCGCAAGAACAUAAUCUUGGAAGUCCAGAAGAUGUUUCUGCAAUAAUCAGUGAGGUGUUGCGGAUAAUUAAGUUUAAAUGCCCUGAAAUUCAACAAUCAAUGCAAUUAUAUCUGUCCAAUAAAGAAACAGAGUUCAUUCUGUUCAGACCAAUAAAAAAUAACGUAUGCGCAGCAUUUACACAAUUAUAUCAGAUUCUGAGUAAAUAUUAUAAUGCAGAGGAACUUCUUUUAAUCGCUUGUCCACUACCAGAACAAAUUUCUGUUAUGUUGAGUUCAUCCAGUCUUGUUCAUGGCAAAAGCACACAAAGCAUGAAGAAAACGUAGCCAACAUGAAUUAUCAAAUGUUUUGUAAUACUAGCUCAAUUCUUUAGAUAUUGUACAUUGAUAUCAUUUUAAAAAUGUAAUCAAACUAUUAAUAUUUUGAAAACGUAUGUUCUUAAAAUAAGCAUUAAUAUAUAAUACAAAUAUCCUAUUAUAUUGUAAAUUACAUAGAAUGUACAUAAACAAUGUAUUGCUUAUAGUAUA